UUGGCAGCAGAAGUUGCAGCUGGCAAUUGCAGUGCGCAAACGUCCAUAGCUUUUGGUCACGAGUACUUGUCAAGUUUACAUUGUUUCAGUCUCCUUUCGGUGUAUUGUGUUUUUUCGUGUAAAAUUGACCCCAAACCUGGAGAAUAGACUGAAACGGAUCAAACUACUACGCCUACUGCACAGUGAUGUCCAAGUCCAAGCAGAACAGAAACACCAUCUCGAAAGCGGAGCAGCGCGCCGAAUAUCGUACGUUCAAGACCGUAUUCCUGUACUGCAUCUUGAUUAUAGCGCUUCCCGUGCUGACCUUUUUCACGUCAAAACAUUGGAUUUUUGAUCAGCUACUCCAGCUAUCCAGUGUAUCGAGCAACAUCUAUUCAGCGGUGAGCGCUGUGGUUGCGCUGCACGGUGCAUUGUUUCUCUUCAUAUACAAGGCGUACUUUGCGGUCAGCAACGAGUCUGUCGACGGUCGCGGGGACAAAGUUGCCCAGAAAGAAGAUUAAAUAGUUCGUAGAUGGUGCGCCGAAUACUGUAGCCAUUCCAAAGAUCCCAGUGUGUGUGUGUGUGUGUUUAAGAAAGCCGGCUAAAGGUGGAACAAUU